AUGGCUUCAUGGGGUGUCUCGAUGUGCACAGUGCUGGGCAUUCUCUCAUUGAUUCUAAACCUCUUUGUCAUCACUUCUCUAAUCAGAUAUCGGCGACGAGUGCUGAAAAAUGUUUUCUACGUGAUUGUCCUUCAUUGUGCUCUUCUGGAUGUGAUUCGUGGCGCGUGUCUCAUCGUGAAGGGUUUCCCGUUCUUAAUCUCCGUUUAUGUGUCUUUCGAAAACAAGAUCACCCUAAUGAAGGCAACGCGUUACAUCACUUUCAUCAUGCGCUCUUGCAAUCUCGUCACAAUCUUUAAUUUAGUCAUUUUCACCACAAAUGAAUUCGUCGUCGUGCGCUAUCCGCUGCAUUAUAAGCGCUAUUUUCGUCGAAGAACCGUGCUUCUAUUGAUCACGAUAUGUUGGUGUAUCUCAAUUUUCUUUGGCAUUGCCUCAGCGGUUUCCUCUCCACUCACCAAUGAAUAUCAAUUUUUACAAGGUAUCAAAGUGUCGACAGUCGCUCAAAUCACGAUCUUCUUCCUGUGCUAUUUGUGUCUUUUUGUCGUGCUGAUUUGUUACGCAAAGAUCCUGCGCACGAUUCGCGAAUUUCAUGGCUUCGAUGAUCGCCAACGGAGAUUCGGUUCCGCUAAUGGGAAACGCAUUUUUGGAAGCACUCAACUGAAAGAACAAAUCUCCAUUCAAAACAGUCAAGCGAUAAGCCUGCAUUCGGAAGAUCCAAGCAAGAAAAGAGCGGACUCUGGCCGUAAAAAGAUGCACCAAAUCUCGCGACACAAAUAUCUGAUCGUGAUCGGCUCGGUGCUAUUCGUUGACGUGCUCUUUCUAUUUCCAUAUUCGGGCAUUCAACUGGUUUCCUUUUUACAUCGCGAGGGUAUUGUUGGGCUGAGCGUCUACUCGAGUUCGACAACAUGGUUAUUACAGGUUCUAAUCGGUAUUCACGCGGUUUGCCAGCCGUUGUGCUAUUUCCGAAUGACCGAGUUCAGGAGAUUGGUCUGCUGCAAUCCAAAGAGCACUUUCUCGCGAAGUAAAUCGAUCAGUCAACACAAAUCAUUCGCGAACACAAAAAGUAGAGAAAUCGACGAUCCGGAAAAAGAGGCAUUGAGGGGAUCCGAGAAGAAUCAGUCACCAAAUCAUACGGGCACAAAGUAUGGUCCCCGUCUCUCGCGCAGCAACGAUUCGAUGGUUCCGUUGCGCGCGAACCAACUUCACGCAAAUUGCUUCAAUCACUCGCAAGAGACAAGCAUCUCCUCAGAAUUGAAAGCAAAAUCUUUCGACUCUCAAUUGGAAUCUCCUCCACUUUCAUGCUCACCGUCUGAUCUUCAGAAUUCUCGGGAAAUCUAUGUAAAUCCCGAGGAACAAUCGCAUUGU